GGAACUGCCUGUUAUAGCAUACAACUCAACCGUGACACCAAUGAGGAUUUGGAUUUGCCCGCAUUAUAAAUUCUGGCUGGGAAAUAACUACAGGAUGGUGAUGGCACUUUCCAAUAAGUCUACCUGGAACAACCCCGGUAACUGCCAAAAUGACAUGACUCUUAGCAGCUCGAAAUGCAACUCUUACGCUCCUCCUCCAAGUGGAGCUCACGUGGUUCAAAACUUCACCUGGAAUGUCCCGUUCUAUAUGAAUAGUAUGAUACUCUACGGAGUGUAUUACGAGUGUAACUCAGGUAAUCUGACGGCAUCCGGCUACCCUGGCAUCCUGAUGCAGUGUUUAAAUGCUGUUUGGCAAAGUACUCCUAUUGACUCUUGUAUUCAAGGUAAGAAGUAAAAGAAAGUGAUUUUUUUGGAAUUUAUUAUGUAAAUAUGCAAGGGAAAAUGUUUUUGAAAAAUGGUGGGUGUCUGUGUACAAGAACAGGGGUUU